UUCCAAGUGCACCUACAGGUACCUCGUCAGUGGUGACAGGGCGCCAGUCCAGCCUCGCCGGUCGGCUUCGUCGGUCUUCACAUCAGCUGUCCACGACGGCUGACAGGGAGCUCUGGUCGAGAUAAGCAUCCAUCCAUUCAUGCUCAGUCGCAGUCAAAAGCCAAAUGCAUGAUAGCGCGUGGUACAGUGUGUGUCUGUGUUGAGACAUUGCAUUGAGACGCCUAUAAUGCGAACGGGUGCCAACCCAUGCCCUCAUCGAGUUCUCUUCUCUACAAAGAUCUCUUCUUCUCUACGACCGCUAGAACAAAUCCUAGUCGAGCAGAAGAAAUAGAGACAGACUUGCUUACCGGGAGUCAGCUGGUCACGCGGCGACUGGCAACAAGAGAGCGCCAGUCUUGAAGCAACACACCGUGUCAGCUGCCACCAUUUCAGAUCCACCCACGGCGACGCCCCCUGCAAUCAGGGGCUUCAGCAGGGGCCUCCACACGCGCAGCGAGCAGCCGAGCUCCAGCAGUAUCCCGAUAGCGGCCUUCCCCAGAUCUCCUGGCUUGGCGCCGGAAUCCCAUCAUCCACCACCACAACAGUCAUGACUUGACUUGGCGCGAGAAGUCGCAGAAAGCCACAACAGCUCGACAGAGAGGCCCCGUCCUCCAACUCCCACCAUGGCUCCUCUGUCGGAGCGAGACCUCCACAGGGCUCGCAUCGUGUCCAGCGUCGCAGCCACGGCGAUAUCGCUCGCCUGCGGCACCAACUAUGUCUACUCGGCCUGGGCGCCCCAGUUCGCCGACAAGCUGCGCCUGUCGACAACGCAGAGCAACCUGAUCGGCGUGGCCGGCAACCUGGGCAUGUACACGAUGGGCGUGCCCAUCGGCAUGGUCAUCGACCGCAUGCACGCGGGGCCGCGCCCCGCCGUCAUGCUGGGCGCCCUGCUUCUCGGCCUGGGCUACCUGCCGCAGAAGCUAGCCUACGACCGCGGCGACGGCUCCGUCACGCUGCUGUGCAUGGCGUCGUACCUCACCGGCUUCGGCGGCUGCAUGGCCUUCGCCGCCUCGGUCAAGACCUCGGCCCUCAACUGGCCCCACCACCGCGGCACCGCCACCGCCUUCCCGCUCGCCGCCUUCGGCCUGAGCGCCUUCUCCUUCUCUGUCUUUGGCGAGCUCGUCUUCCCCGGCAGCACGGGCGCCUUCCUGGCCACGCUGACCGUCGGCACCUUUUGCCUGUGCUUCGUCGGCUUCUUCUUCCUGCGCGUCUGGCCCCACGACCACGCCCACGGCCACCACCACCGCCGCCGCCGCAGCUCGCAGAUCUCCUACCAGAGCCUCUCGGGCGGCGCCAACGACAGCCUGGUCGAAUCCCAGCAGCUGCGCCGGACCUCAUCCGACGCGCCGGCCGCCACCGCCAAGGCCGCCCCGCAGAGCAGCGAUGACGACGACGACGACGACGACGACGAGGACGGCGGUGAUGGCCUGGAGCGCCAAGGGGCCCAUGCUGCCGCCAGAACCACCCGCCAGGACGCCGACGUCGAGGCCGCCGCGCAUCUACCCCGGGAACACGCAGACGAGACGUCAUCCCUGAUGUCGAGCACGGCGUCGUCGCUCCCCGGCGAGGUCCUGGUCCAGAGCAGUGUCGACAUGGAUCGCUCUCAUCGCAUAGACAUACGCGGCUGGAGCCUUCUCUCCAACGGCGAAUUCUGGCAGUUUUUCUCCAUAAUGGCGCUGCUGGCCGGCAUCGGGCUCAUGACCAUCAACAACAUUGGGCACAACGUAAACGCCUUAUGGAGGUACUACGACAAGAAGGUGACGGAGGAGUUCCUCGUCAGCCACCAGCAGAUGCACGUGUCCAUCCUGUCGGUCGGUAGCUUCGCCGGCAGGCUAUUGAGUGGUGUUGGCUCCGACUUCCUGGUCAAGUCCCUCCACGCCAACAGGGUGUGGUGCUUGGUGGUUUCGUCGCUCAUCUUUUUCGCGGCGCAGGUGAGCGCCAUCACCAUCACGGACCCGAGGCUCCUAGGCCUAGUGUCUGGUCUCUCGGGGCUCGGCUAUGGCUUCCUGUUUGGCGUCUUCCCGUCCAUCGUGGCCGAGUCGUUUGGCAUCCACGGCCUGUCGCAGAACUGGGGGUUCCUGACCCUCUCGCCAGUCGUGUCGGGAUACGUCUUCAACCUGUUCUACGGCACCGCCUUUGACGCCCACAGCGUCGUCGGCCCCGACGGCGAGCGCUCGUGCCCGAGCGGGCUCGAGUGCUACCGCGCCGCCUACUACGUCACCCUGGCCGCUUGCGGACUCGGCCUGCUCGUCUCGCUUGCCGUCAUCCGCCACCAGAGGGCCCAGGGGUCGUCGCGCGGUGGCGGACGCGACUAAAAGCGACCGCCCCCGCGCUGUUAGUUGCCACUAGCAGGGGGAAGGUGACAGACGGUGACAUGAUGGCUGUGCCGCCAUGUCUGCCUCUUCAAGAGCCAACGACGCCACACUUCCUCCCCACAGGUGCCCUUUUUGUUUAGUUCACCCGAUUGGCAUAGCUCUGGAGUUUGGGGCUGGUUAGACCUUCUUGUUUUCGCCACAUUAGAGCCGGCCAAAAGCCGGGUUUGGCCGCCUCCCGGAACCCCUCCCUCGCGGGCUGUACCUAUGUGACCAUGUAAGGAGGGAUAUGGGGGCGAUAAUUGCAGCUUUGAAUAGAGAUCUGCUUUGCACAUAUUGAGUCCAUAAUUAGACCAGCUGCGGCCAUGUCCACCCUUGUGGGUCUGGGAAAACACAUCACAUUGCUUAAGCGGGGUGACUAGCAAGGAGUCGUCUGUGGGAUUCAGGAUGAGUGUGUUUUGGGAUUUUAUUGCGUCUCGGUGGUUGCUUUUUCUGGUAUACGGCCACGUGCAGCGUACAUGGGUCAGAAAAUUGGUUGUGGUGCCAACAUCCCGGUUUGACAUACGAGCAAUCAGCGACGUCCGAGAAGGGAAAAAUAGCAAAAGUCGGAUUUCAGCCCGGGGAAGGGUCGAUGAAACAAAUCGCCACGAUGUGGUCAAGCCCCCCCAAAAAAAAAUAAGGAUUCUGCCAAUCAAACCCCCCCCCCUUUUUUUCCCUC